CUCCAACAGCCUAAUGGACCAAGAGCGUGCAGCCUCCUACACUCCCCUCCGGGACAGUCCCCAACCCGCCAUUCCUCCUGCGGAUCACUGCGGCCGGCGACCCACCAAAGUUCUCACUCUUACCAUCCUCUCCACCAUCUUCCUAGUGUCCCUGCUGGCUUUCAUCCGCACCCAAGGCCCACGACCACCCACGCCGACGACUCCGUCGACGCCCGCGGAGGCGUCACGAGGGGCGGCGCAGGGUGUGUCGGAGAAAAAUUUCCAGGUGGCCUCCUGCGACGGUAGGCAGCCGCGGUUUAACUGGUCGAAUGCCAUGUAUUCUUGGCAAAGAACAGCUUACCACUUUCAACCGGAGAAGAAUUGGAUGAAUGGUAGGUCCACUUUACCACAUGGGUUGGUAUCAUUUGUUCUACCAGUACAACCCGGACUCCGCUGUGUGGGGCAACAUCACGUGGGGCCACGCCGUAUCAAGGGACAUGAUUCACUGGCUCUACCUCCCCUUCGCGAUGGUCCCCGAUCACUGGUUCGACUGGAACGGCGUCUGGAGCGGCUCCGCCACCCUCCUCCCCGACGGCGGAAUCGUCAUGCUCUAUACCGGCGACACCGAUAACUACGUGCAGGUGCAAAAUCUGGCGUACCCCGCCAACAUAUCGGAUCCUCUCCUCCUCGACUGGGUCAAGUACCCGGGCAACCCCGUCAUGGUUCCCCCACCCGGCAUUGCUCCCAAAGAUUUCCGCGACCCGACCACGGCGUGGGUCGCGCCGGAUGGAAAUUGGCGGGUCACGAUUGGGUCCAAGGUCAACAAAACAGGCUUUUCGUUUGUUUUCCAAACCACGAAUUUCACGAGCUUCCAGCUCUUGGACGGGGUUUUACAUGCUGUGCCGGGUACGGGUAUGUGGGAGUGCGUGGACUUUUACCCGGUUUCGACCACGAGCAGUAACGGGUUGGAUACUUCGGCGAACAGCCCGGGAGUUAAGCACGUGCUAAAGGCGAGUUUGGAUGAUACUAAGGAGGAUCAUUAUGCGCUAGGGACUUACGACCCGGUGGCGGACAAGUGGACGCCCGAUAACCCGAAAAUGGACGUGGGUAUCGGGUUGCGGGUGGACUAUGGCAGGUACUACGCUUCCAAGACCUUCUAUGACCAAAAGAAGGGGAGGCGGAUCAUGUGGGGUUGGAUGAAAGAAACUGAUGUCGAAUCCGAUGACGUGGCAAAAGGAUGGGCGUCCGUUCAGACGCUUCCAAGGGUUGUGGGGUUCGAUAAUAAAACCAAAACCAACAUUUUGCAAUGGCCAGCGGAAGAGGUGGAGAAGCUGAGAUUGAACCAAACAAAUUUUAGUAAUGUGGAGCUCUUGCCCGGUUCGGUCGUGCCGCUAGAUGUUGGUCAAGCUGCCCAGUUGGAUAUAGAGGCAGAAUUUGAAGUGGACAAAGAGACAUUGAAGGGGUUGGAAGGAGGAGGAGAAGUGGAAGUGGGGUACGACUGCGUUGUGGGCGGCGGAGCCACCGGCAGGGGCACUUUAGGACCGUUUGGACUUAUCGUCCUAGCCACCGAUUCUCUUUCCGAGCUCACCCCUGUUUACUUCUACAUCUCCAGAGCCGCCAAUGGCAAUCUUACCACUUUCUUCUGCGCCGAUGAAUCAAGGUCAUCAAAGGCUACCGAUGUUGACAAAAGAAUUUAUGGAAGCGUAGUUCCAGUGCUCGACGGUGUAAAAUUUUCCAUGAGAUUAUUGGUUGAUCAUUCGAUAGUGGAGAGCUUUGCAGAGGGAGGAAGGACAUGCGUGACCUCCAGAAUUUAUCCUACGGAGGCGAUAUUCGGAGCAACGCGCGCGUUCCUAUUCAACAACGCCACCACAGCCACCGUGACUGCCUCUCUUAAGAUUUGGGAAAUGGACUCUGCAUUCAUCCGUCCUUUCCCACUCCACCAGUAGCUCCUGUCAUUUCUCUCUUAUCUAUUUGGUAGUGAUCCAUCUUGAAAAGUAGCCAUUCACUUUGGGUAGUAUUGACAGGUGGUGUGCAUUGGGAUUUCAUUUCAAUUGGUACAUACAUAGAUUCAAAAUUUUUGAGAUUUUUAGUUUCAUGAGUGAACAUUUGAUUUUAUUUCGAUUCAUUGAUUCUCGCGCGAGCGAUCAAACUCUUUUGAAUGUAUGCCUGAUAUAGAAAUUGUGAUAGGCUCUCUAUUUUCAUCUCUAA